CGAGUUCUGGAGAGAGGAACGUCGUCAGUUCAGUCAGUCGAGUCAGUUUACUUUGAACCGUCGCGUCGUGCAGUGUGGAUUUCCUUCGCGUUCUCUCAGUCGACGCGUUAUUUAUAAACUUCGCGUCCGAUUCAUCAGGCUUUCUCAAACCGACCGAAAGUAUGCGAUGAUUUCAGUGACGCAUUUCAGUGGCGCGUUUCAGUGAUAUCGAACCGGUGCCGUAAUUCUGUUCUGUUGGUGUGAAUUAAGAAAAUUGUUCCGUUUCACGAGGAUCGUUGCUCAACCAUGCCAUACAGGCGAGAACAAACACGAACGUAGAAUGCGGAGCAUGGCUGUAAAGUGUGCGCACACGGAAUGUUCCAAGUAUUUACGUAUAGGGGAAUGAAUCAAGGAUACGCUUCGAUAACUGGAUGCAUUGUUAUGUGCGCAACAUCCUCGCUUAUAUAGGGUGUUCCAGUAAUCCUGGCAUAAUAGGUGAAAGGAAUUUCUCGACUUAGGCUAAGAUGUCACAUCACAGCGACGACAACAUGCUGAUAGCAACCUCGGACUCUUUCUGGGAGCCAGGUAACUAUAAACGAACGACCAAGAGAAUCGAGGACGGCCAUAAGCUCUGCGAUAGUUUAAUAGCUCUAGUCCAAGAAAGAGCAGAGAUUGAGAAAAGUUACGCGAAAGCGUUGAAAAAUUGGUCGAAAAAUUGGAACGACAAGAUCGAAAAAGGACCGGAAUAUGGAACCACCGAGGCUGCUUGGAAAGGAGUUCUCGUUGAAUCGGAGAGGCUGUGCGAUCUCCACCUCAGGGUCAAAGAGAAUCUCUGUAACGACAUCAUUCACCAAGUGAAAACGUGGCAGAAAGAGACCUAUCACAAAUCAAUGAUGACGUUGAAAGAGCGAAAGGAGAUGGAGGACGCGUUCAAAAAGGCGCAGAAACCAUGGGCGAAGCUUUUGCAGAAGGUUGAAAAAGCAAAGUCCGAGUACCACAACAGCUGCAAAACCGAACGGACCGCGGCGAACAUGGAAAGGAACGCAUCGGCGGACAGUUCGCUUUCCCCUGACCAGAUGGCCCGAGGCUCUGAAAACGUGAAGAAAAUGCAAGACAGGGUGCAGAAAACGAAGGAAGAGGUACAAAAAGCGAAAGAAAAAUAUGAAGCUGCGUUGCAAGAAAUUAAUCAGUAUAACCCAAAAUACAUGGAGGAUAUGACACAAGUGUUCGAAAAGUGUCAAGAAAUGGAGGCGCAGCGGCUUCAAUUCUUCAAGGAUGUUCUCUUCGGCAUUCACAAAUGUCUCAAUAUAUCUCAGGAUCCAAUACUUCCACAAAUAUACGAAGAAUUCUAUCAUACAGUUAACAACGCGGACCAUGAAAAAGAUCUGAAAUGGUGGUCGAACAAUCACGGUGUAAAUAUGGCGAUGAAUUGGCCACAGUUCGAGGACUACACAGAGGAGUUCCGUGACAUCACCAAGGGCUCAAAAUCGAAGGAGGCUCUUCCGGCUGGCUCCAUCACGCUCAUCAAUCAACGCCCGGUCGGCGAGGAUGUGCAUGAGUACCCACCAGUUAAUAACAAAUCAAAAUCGAAGCCCAGUUCCCGGGUAAUAUCAACAGAUGGAGGCCAUGGGGAUAGCAAAACCGACACGAUGAAUUCCAGCAAACACUCUUCAGAGAAAAACAAUCAUGAUGGUAAUGCUGUAAACAGGACCUCCACGAUGACUAAUGGUACAAAUGUUAAGCAAGAAUCAAAUCCAUUUGAGGAAGAAGAAUGGGAUGAAGACAGUGGCGAACCAUUGGUAGAUAAUGGAGAACCAGGUGUUCUUGUACGCGCGUUAUAUGAUUACGAAGGAGCCGAAGCUGAUGAACUUAGUUUUAAGCAAGGCGAUGUAUUCGAUAAAUUAGAAGACGAAGACGAGCAAGGAUGGUGUAAAGGACGAAAAGACGGUAGAGUGGGUCUCUAUCCGGCAAACUACGUAGAACUUGUGUCUCCGUAAAGCUACCACAUAACGCCAAAUUACAUGAACAUUGUUUGUUACUUAACACGUAACGCAUACGAAAGCAAAGGAAAAAAAACGAAAUUUUUAUUUUCUUGUUUAUUUCUUUACGAAAUAGCAAGUUCGUUGAAAAAAUAAUAAGAAAAUUUGUAAAUGUCGUUAAAUAAUAAUUACAUGAGACUCUAUAUUAGGGAUCGUUCAUUUUGUGUGAUAUAUAAUGAGCGUUGAAAAAGACCAGAAAGAUUAUAAAAUCUUACGGCUCGAUAUUACGAUUGAAAUUCAAAGAAAACUGUUAUAAGCGUGAAAAGAGAAAAAAUGCAUACAUCUACUUCAUUCUAUUUCUCAGAUCGAUGUAGGGUCGAUACGAUAGAACUUAAAAAACGAAACUUUUACUCCUGAUGGGUAAUUGGUUUCCAUAGAUAGUUAGGGUUCUCUAUAUCCAUCUAUAUAAAUUAGCGCUAAACGAUAAGAUGGAUACACAUACACCACGAGUAUAUUAUAAGUUUAGAUUUUUGAGAUACUGUACAAUUUCAAAACAUUUUUCGACUCAUUAUUAGCAUUGUUGCUAUGAAAUAUUUUGGCUAGCGCGACGAAAAGUAUAUUUAAUUUAUUGUUAUUCAAAUGAUACUAUUAAAACCUAUUCUUUCCGAAUGGUAUCGUUGUAUAUAAUAGCUUUAAGAACAUGAACGGUAUGUAAAGUUACAAUUGUUUAGCGAAGUUGAGAUUUUAUGAUGAGAAAGUGAAAAAAAAAACACUUGAAUACGUACAUAAGACGUACCAGGCAAAUAAAAUUUGGGACCCAGAAUUGUCCAAUCUUUUUCUUUAUUCUGUUUUUCUUUUUGUUUUUUUUUGUUAAUAACUACAAUAUUCUAACGUUGAGAAAAAAAAUGAAGGGAGAACGAGAAUUAUUUAUAUAUAAAAAAUAAAAUAUUAUAAUUAAAAAUUAUAAUAUUAUGAGAAUAUUCACGUUAUAAAAGAAUAUAAUGAGAAGUUUUCGUCAUUGGUUAAUGUGCUUUUUUGUACAUAAUUUCUUAUAUUGAAGCAAUGUUGAUCAUUUAUGAGAAUAAAGUCAUAAUAUCUUUUUUAAUUGAACGAAAAAUUUUAUAUAAAACGAAAUAUAUAAUACUGAAGGUAUUUCAUAUAAUCAUUAUCCAUUUUCUGAUAGAUGUAACACAAUUGAAAAAAUAUGGAAGUGAAAGCGCAAAAUUUUGAUUCUUCGAUAUGUGCUUUCGUAACAAAUUACUUGCUAUUAAGUUAAUCGAUGUACCUUCACGAAUAUAUGCUUUCAGGAAAUAUUUGUAGUAUAGAAACACGUGUUUAAGUUAAUAUUGAGAACAAUGCUGCGGAGUGAUUAUGAAAUUGAACGAAGUGUAGAUUUAUAUGGUUUGAGAUAAAAAGCAUUUAUAAUUUUCUAUAUGACGAGACGAAGUCAUUUGUUAUUUAAAUAUUCUUUUAUUUUAUAAUGCGCGCAGGAGAAUCAACUUACAAGUCAAGUUUUCAUGGUAUAUAGUGAUAAAUGCUAGUUAUUCGUCACGAGUAAAUAACGUGUUACUAUACACAAUAUUUAUGUAAAUAUAGUAGAGUAUAAUAACAUUUACAAUUCAGCCAGCGACUGAUUUUUGUAAUUGUUUACAUCAUUAGUCCUCCAAAUUAUUUUCUGUAAAGAGUGUUCGCGAUUCCAUGAUGUUGUUAAAUAGAUUAUAGUUUGUGUAUAAAAUUUAUUAUGUAUAACUUAAUAAAUAGCAUAUAUACGAAAUAUUACAUAAUA